AUGGUUUUUACCAUGCAAAAGCCAAAUGUUUGCACCAGUAGGAAACUUGCCAUUUUGGUGGUUUUCACCUUCGCGCCAUCAAAACAAAAAAUUGAAACCCUUCAAAAGACUAAGUGCAGAAUCUGGGAUAUGAAAGGAGGUAAAUACGCUUGAUUUCUUCGCCAAGAUUCAGGACAGUGCAAUUUUUUUAUGCGACAUAUUGGGAAAAACUGAUUUGCCCAAAUUUAUAGAACUUUGUAUGGAGACGCCAUGUUGGUGCCCAUCCGGAUAAGCAGCCCACAUAGCGGCCGGAAACUAACAAGAACAUUGAGUUGUACAACAAAAGCUUGAAUUGAUCUCUCAAGAAACUCGUAAAGAUUAAAGUAAUGACAUUUUCUAAUACAAUGACUGUUCAGAUAUCAAAAUUCUACAAAAUAAGCCACCUUUAAACCUUCAGAAAGGUUUCAACGAGGUUAACCGUCAGCCGUUAAACGGUCUAAACUUUAACUUUCUACCGUCAAAAAAGGUCUUUUUUUACCGUUAACCGUCAAAAAAAAUGCAGAUUAAUAUUAACUGUCAUAGAGUUUUCAUUAUCUCAUUAUUUCAGCUGAUCUUCACAGACUUCUGGCUCCUGAAUAAUCUCUUCACUGAAAAAACCAGUUCCCAUUUUUAAAAAACACUCUCUAGACAUUACAAGACCCUACAACUUGCUUAUAUAUGAAAAUAUAUUUCGCAACUUUAAAUGUGGAAGGCCAAGACAAGCUCAAAAACAAAAUUAAUUUCUACAGACGUCAAUAUUUACUUAAACUCUUGUCAUGAUCUAAAUUUCCACUAAAUAACCGUCAGUCAUCAAAAGCUCUAAAAUUUAACCGUCAACCGUCAAAACUGGAAAAAAUAAUCGUCAAUCGUCAAAGUUGCCACUCCAUUCAGACCCUCCUACAUGACAGAUCUUUCGGCCGCCAAGUAAAUGUCGCGUCGCACAAAAGCUUAGAAAUUCAAACGCACUGUAUCACAAAACGAAGUGCUCUUUUGGAAUGAAACUUUGUGUAAAUAUUAGUUUUUACCUGCUUUAAUACGCCAUGGAAGUAAACACUCAGGAUGAUCGAUAAUUCUUUAGCUUUUGAAUUUUGAUGUCGUCAUGUGGCAACCAAAAAUACGUGAAUUUGAUAGGAAAAGAUUUGACAAAUAAGUGACAGUUAUGACAUCUUAUUUGUUGAUAACAACCAAAAAAAAAAAAAAAGAAAUUGAAUAAAAUCCUUGGUUCAAUUCUUUCUUGCUAGACUUCCCGCGUGAGCUUGAUGAAGAGGAAGACGACGAUGGAAAUGUGGAAAAUGUUGAGGAAACUUUUGGUAAGUUUGCCACAAUACCUCCUGACAGUCAUCGUUCGUUUUUUGGUAUCAGGCGUCUUGUUCUACACAGAUAUCCUGAUAAAGUUAAUUACUUAUUAGCUUGUUUAUAAACUGUUUCGCGUCUCCUUGUUUGAAAUUGGACUGACAAAUAAUGGAGCCACGCUUCUGUAGUUGUGAUAGCUUGGCUUUCGUGAUUAUUUCCUCUGUUUUUAAACAUUUUAUUUUCGAUCCUUGCUAAUUGAAGCAAUCAAUUCAUUCUUAAAUCUCUUUUCCUCCUCAGACAUGGACAAUUUCGAACUGAAUUCAAGGAAAUUUUCCGAGCAGGAAUUCCAAUCGCUCGAUAGA